UGCCCCAUCAAACAUAAUUCAGGCGAGCUCUUCACUCAUUGGUAAAAAAAGCGGACCACCAUGUCGGCUCCACCACCUGUCGCUGGUGUCGAAGAUUCUGCGGAUCGAAAUGUGGAAAUGUGGAAAAUCAAACGGCUUAUAAAGAGUUUGGAACUUGCGAGAGGGAACGGAACAUCGAUGAUCUCCCUGAUUAUCCCUCCCCGUGACCAGAUUGCGCGAGUUCAAAAAAUGCUUGCCGAUGAAUAUGGUACUGCAUCUAAUAUCAAAUCGCGAGUGAACCGGCUGUCAGUGCUUGGUGCUAUCACGUCUGUGCAGGGACGUUUGAAAUUGUACAGCAAAGUGCCGCCAAAUGGUCUUGUCGUAUAUUGUGGAACAAUAGUCACUGAUGAAGGGAAAGAGAAGAAAGUGAACAUCGAUUUUGAACCUUUCAAGCCAAUCAAUACUUCGCUGUAUCUAUGUGAUAACAAAUUCCACACGGAAGCUCUUCAAGGACUAUUGGCUGAUGACAACAAGUUCGGAUUCAUAAUCAUGGAUGGAAACGGUACGCUGUUUGGGACUCUACAAGGCAAUACUCGUGAAGUUUUACAUAAAUUCACGGUUGAUUUACCAAAGAAACAUGGUAGAGGAGGACAGUCCGCUUUACGUUUUGCUCGUCUUCGAAUGGAGAAGCGACAUAAUUAUGUUCGUAAGGUUGCUGAAUGUGCCGUGGAAAUGUUCAUAAAAAAUGACAAAGUCACUGUUGCUGGCUUGAUACUGGCUGGUAGCGCCGACUUCAAGACAGAACUCGGACAGUCUGAUAUGUUUGAUCAGCGACUGCAAGCUAAGAUGGUGAAGACGGUGGAUAUAUCUUAUGGAGGAGAGAACGGCUUCAAUCAGGCUAUCGAGCUUGCUGCCGAUGCUCUUGCGAAUGUCAAGUUCAUUCAAGAGAAGAAGCUUAUCGGAGGGUAUUUCGACGAAAUCAGUCAGGACACUGGAAAAUAUGUAUUCGGAGUAAAGGACACUCUACAAGCGCUCGAAAUGGGUGCCGUGGAGACACUCAUCUGUUGGGAAAACCUUGAUAUCAUCCGAUACCGGCUAAAGAACGCGGCCGGAGAGGAGAAGAUUCUUAACCUUAGACCUGAUGAGGAGAAAGACAAGUCUCAUUUUACUGACAAAGAAACUGGGCAAGAUAUGGAAAUUGUGGAAACGAUGCCUCUUCUUGAAUGGUUUGCCAACAAUUAUAAGAGCUUUGGAGCCACAUUGGAAAUUGUUACUGACAAAUCGCAAGAGGGAGCCCAGUUUGUACGGGGAUUUGGAGGAAUUGGAGGUCUCCUUCGUUACCGUGUGGACUUAGUGGGUGAUAUGGUUGACGAGUUUGACGACAUCAACUUUGAUGACUAUUGA